AUGGCAAUCAGUGAACACAACGUCUCACUGCUCGACCUGAUAAAUAAUGGCCUGCUAAAGGUCAACACUCAGGUGCGCUACAAUUACCGCGGCGUACAACACUGCGGCUACGUCGACACCAAUGGCGAGAUACACACCACUGACGGCACCACCUUUAUCAACCCGACACACUGGACGCGCACCAUCAGUGGCAACAACUGCAGUGGCUGGGGCACAGUGCGCGUCACCGAGGGCAACGUCCCGCUGCUCAAGCUGAAGAAGGAGUACCUGUCGCGCGUCAACGGUGGCGUGCCGCGCAAGAGCGACGACUCGGACGAGAGUCCCAACGACUGCGAGUCCUCGUCCACAAACGAAAAGACACCAGCAGAGUUGAUCAAGCCGUCGCAAAAGAAGAAACGGCAUAGGAGCGACAUCAAACAGUCCGACAACAACAAUAACAACAAACAACUACUGAUGCCAAGCACGUCACAUCCACCAUUCCUGGACCCUUCAAAGAGGGUGUACUUCCAGCAGGCGUCUCAUCAUCCACAACAACAGCAUCUGCAACAACAACAUCAUCAACAUCAACAACAGCUAAGCUCCUCUCCAUUGAGUGGCCAACAACAACAAACAUAUUUAAACUCUAGCCCGAGCUCACUGCCCAUGACGGCAUUUGGCGCAGCGCAUCCGCAUGCGCACCCCUUUGCCGCAGGCGGGCAGACGGAGGGCGGAGGAGGCAUUUCGUCGUUUCCGCAUUCCCAUCAUACCAUUGCACAGCCUCCAGGCCUUCCAGGAUCGUUUAGUCACCAUCCCCACCAGCAACACCAUCCACCCAUCCCCGCGGUGCCCUUUCACUCGACCACGACGACGACGACGAACUCAGCAUUGAUUGGGAACCAGGCGGCGGACAUCAAACCCAAGACCCACCACACUGGCGCCAACAACAGCAACACCAAUGGCAGCGGUAAGAGUGUCGGACACCCUGCCGCCAUGUACCAAUCGUCGCCCAUCCCCAUACCUGUAACACAUUUGCAGCACACGAUCGACUCGGGCAUACCCUCGCACUUCUCAUCACCUAUCGAUCCAGGCAUGAUGGACAUGUCACACUUCCCCGUCGAGGCGCACCCCAUGACUCCAAUGAACAACAUCCCGUUGCCCUACUUCAUUGCCAGUCCCAUGUACAGUCUGCCUCAUCCCAUGGACAUGGCCGCCAUGCAGUCCGACCCGCAACAACAACAACUUCAACAACAACAGCAGCAACUUCAUCUACAACAACAACAACAGCAACAGCAGCAUCAACAACAAUCAAUGCCCUCACCUUAUCACACAGCCUAUCACUACACCGCCCCGGCAGCUGGUGUCUCCUCACCCAUGCACAAGUAUUCCUCCAUGAUGCCCAACUCUUAUCAGUUCUACAGCUCGGCAGCUCAUAUCCCUCAGCCACAGCCACAGCCACAUCCUCAGCAACAGCAACAACAACAACAACAGCUGCAUCCACAACAACAACAACAGUUACAGCUUCAGCAACAGGCCUAUGCCAAUGCGUUUGGACAGUACCCUAUACAUCCAUCCACGGCAUCACCAUCCUCCAUGUCCAUGCACUCGCCACACUCUCAGUCAUCGCCAUUGCACAACUUUAUGUCGUCAUCGGCAACGGGUCCCUCGUCGAUGGGCGCCGGCGCAGUCAACAGCGCUGGCAAGCAGAGUGGACCCUCCCGCAGUGUGGAUGACUCAAAGCUUGGAGCCAACAAGAAGAGGAAGGAUGUUCAGGUGCCAACCAUUGGCAACAACAACAGCAACAGCAACAGUAGCAGUAAUAAUGUACUCAUCGACUAUAAGAAGAAGCCAAAGAGUGUUGAGAUGGGCUCAAGCUCGCCCUUGGACGAAGCAUCAUCAUGUGCCAAGGCCAAGAAGGAAUCCAAAAAGUCGCGAGAGUUCAGUGGCCCUCAUCAUACAUCAUCAACAUCACUGUCUGUUACCAGCGGCGGCGGUGCCAAUCACAUCAAGAUUCUGCCGGGCAAGAAGCAGGAGUUGAUUCAGCAGCUGCAGCAUCAUCACCAGGAGCAGCAGCAUCUCGAGACCAUGAAGAAGGAGCUGAUCAACGAGAUGAAGAUCAAUGGCUUCGACUACACAUAUGGCGCCACGCCACCAGAUGUAGGCCAUCAUCAGCUCCCACAUCACCUUCGUUCGAUGACCUCGGCCACGAUGGCGCACGAUGACUUCAUGGGCGCUGAGCCCUACCUCGUCACCGACAACCUAGGCUUCCAUCAUCACCAACAGCUGUUGAUGCAGCAGCACAAGCCAAACGGUGUUGGUGACUCUUCGAUAACAAUGGAGUCGUCGUCAUCUUCACCGUCCACCAUUCACAAUCAUAUUAACAACAUCAACAUCAACAACAACAACAUAAGAAUCAUUGGCAACCCUCCACCACUGCCGCAGCCCAUGCUCGGCAACCUCAACAACAACAACAACAACAAUAAUAAUAGCUUGUCCAACACCGAUACUUCAAAUACACCUGGCAACAACAUAACCGACUCUAAUAAUAUUAAUAACAACAGUAACAACAGCAGUAGCAACAUAUAUGGAUAUGUUGACGAGUCUGCAGUUGGUGUUGGCGCAUCCAAGUCUUAUCAGACUACCACGUCACCCAUUGAUGGUAGCGACGUCAUCCAGACGAUAAACAUGCCAUUCUAUCACAAUGAACACCAACAUGCAGUGCGAGUCCACAUCAGUUAG